UAGAGUUAUUGCAAUCAUCCGAGAGUUACCAUUUGCGGCUAACGGACGAGAGAUCGCGACGCGAGCGAACCGAGCGCUUGCGAUUUUUAAAUUCAAAUAUUUAACAUAAAUAAAUAUUGAACUAAAUUGUCUAAAAAUAAAAUAAUUAUCUACUUAAAUAAAAUAUAUGAAUAUUGAAAUGAACUUUUAAAAUUAUAACUCAUAAAAAUACUAUAACAGUAGUCAUAGUUACUUAAAAUUUUUGUUCGAGUUUUAAAAUUAAAUUUGACAGUGUGAUGAAACUUGGUUGUGAUUAAGACUAAUAAAUAGAAUCUCAAUUUGGAAUUAUGACGCUUGAAGACAAAAAGUUCGCGCAAGACAAUAAUGACGCCACCGAAAACUCUAAGGCUAAUGGAGGCAAUAACUUAAUAGUAAAUGACGCUAUAAGAAAUAGUUUUAUUAAAGAUAAAGUAAGCAAAGAAAAAGCUAAUCUUAAAGAUGAAAUAAAAGACAAUGACAGUUUUGUGGGACUUAAUAUAUUUGAGAAGUUUCAACGGAUGAUGUCCUUGAUAACAGUAGAACCAAUUUUAGCAUGUUAUGUAAUGCCGUCCGUACUUUCAGCUUUGGCUACACAGAAUUUGUAUUUAGAGAAGGCUUGUAGAGUCAACCUGGGUUUCCGGGAUCAAGUCUGUGAUGCAUUAACUCAACGGAACACAGCAAACUAUACUUUAGAAGAAGAAGCAGUUCAGACCUUAGUUGCCUCAGUAGCUGGUUGGAAAACAGUUUUGCAAUCAUUUCUGCCAUGUGGAAUAUUAAUAUUUCUUGGCGCAUACAGCGAUCGAGUUGGACAGAGAAAAUUUUGUAUGCUUCUCCCAAUUGUUGGCGAGUUUUUGACGAGCGUAGGCCUCAUUGUAAAUACUUACUUCUUCUACGAGUUGCCGGUGGAAGUUGCUGCGGUGACUGAAGCAAUAUUCCCAGCAUUAACUGGAGGCUGGUUCACCAUGUUUAUGGGUGUGUUCAGUUACAUAGCGGAUGUGACUACAGAGGAACAGAGGACGUUAAGAAUAGGAAUAGUGAAUCUAUUCUAUUCAUUAGGAGUGCCAGUGGGUGCAGCUCUAAGUGGUAUAUUAGUGCGAAAGAUUGGCUUAUAUGGUGUUUUUUCAUUGAGUGCUACGUUGUACGUUCUGAGUUUUAUAUAUGGAUACUAUAGGAUUAAAGAAGUUAAAAGGACUGACCUUUGUGUGAAGAAAACCAGCAGUUGCUGCGAAUGGUUGCGGGACUUCUUCGACACACGCUACGUGAAAGAUACCAUGAUGGUUGCGUUUAAAAAAGGACCCAACAACCGAAGGUUACGCGUUAUCAUGCUGGUUGUCGUCCUGUGUGUUGUUAUUGGACCUAUUUACGGCGAGAUGUCAGUGAUGUACCUAUUCACUCGGUACCGGUUCAACUGGAAUGAAGUGGAUUUCAGCAUGUUUUCCACGUACGCCAUGUGUACUUCACUAGUUGGGACCCUGUUCUCCGUGGGCGUGUUCAGUCACCUGCUGAAGUUCGACGACGCCAUCAUCGGGGUGAUCUCCUGCACCAGCAAGAUACUGUCCGGCUUCAUGUACGCCUUCGCGACCAAGACGUGGCACAUUUAUAUCGCACCGCUAAUCGAAAUAUUCAACGGCACUUCGUUCAUUGCUAUGAGGUCAAUGGUGUCUAAACUGGUAGAGAAGGACGAACUGGGCAAAGUGAAUUCGUUCUUUGGCGUGGCGGAGGCGAUGAUGCCGCUUGUGUACGCGCCGAUGUACACGACGGUGUACACUGCCACCAUCAAGUCAUUCCCCGGUGCGUUCUUCAUACUCGGCGGAGGACUGACUGUGCCGGCUGUACUUAUAUUCUUAUGGUUGUAUUUGGCAAACAAAAAGUAUGUCAACUCAAAUACACAGCAAGAUGAAAAUAAUAAAGCGAACGUAGAGGAGAAACCAGAGAAGGGCGGUAUCGACAACAAAGCUUACGAAGCCGAAGGAAAGAAUAAAAUUGACGCAAAUGUGCCUGAAGAAGUCAACACUAAUUUGAACGAGUCGCAAAUUGAAAUGGGCUUCACAGAGAGUAUGCUAUGCAAAAGUAGAUUGUAGAAUACCGUCCCCUAAAUAUAAUAGGUGAAAUAGUGUAAAAGCAAACGGUGAAUCCUUGGCUAUCAACUAGGCGUUCACUUUAAGUUUGCUACGAUCUGUCGCAAUCCCCUUUCAACUUAAAUACAUAAACUUUUUUUUUUUCAAAGUAAAAAAUCUUUGUGCAAGUUUGAUAUGAGGAGUAAGUUUGUGAUUUCGUUACGAAAAUUGUAAUCUGGCGAUGCGUGCUGCCAUUUACAUGCAUUGAAUCAGUGUUUGUUAUUUUAAACUACCAGUAGAUGGCGUUAUUAGAGAACUCUGAAACAAUCCCUUUUGUACACUUGCAGAUACCUGAGGUUCAUAGAUGGCGCUUUGUUUUUUUUAUGUUUGGUAUAUGGGCGCCCCCUUAAAUAUCUAUUUAUUUUCUAGUUCUGGCUGUCUUUUUUAGUAUUUCUUGUAGCGGCAACAGAAAUACAUCAACUAUCUAACCAUGACUGUGCAUGAGAUACAGCCUGGUGACAGACUGACAGCAGUCUUAAUAUUAGGAUCCAGUUAUACUUUUUGUAAUGGAAGGUACGGAACCCUAAAAACAAUAAUUAUUUUAACAAUGUUAGUAACUACCUACUUGUUAACGGUCAAUGCCAACUCGAAGUGAACGAAUAGUAGUAACAAUAUUCGAAUUUAAUUUAUACAGUAUACUGUAGUUUUUAUUUAUGCUAUUAAGUAAGAUUGUAAGAAAAAUUAAAUCUAAAAUAUUUUUUACUAUAAGAAACGUCCAUUCCAUCAUUAGAAUAAUGUGUACAUUUGGCCACCUUUGAAAAGAUACAUGAAAAUUUAUAAAAAUUACAUUUAAAAUUUGAGAUUUUAUAAGUUUAUCAGUAACCUGUCUGUGAUAUAAUUAUUCAUAAUGAUACUAAAUGAUUAUUUUAUUUAUAUGAAAAAUAUCUUGCUUUUGUUUAAUUAUUCAUUUAUUAAAUUAAAUUAUCAUGGAAAUUAUAUGUCUGUACCUGUUUUAAAUUCUGAAUAUCUUUCGUUAUUCUAUACUCGGUUAAUAAUUUAUUAAGGUACUUAAAACAUUUAUUAAGCAAUCUAAAAUAGCAAGAUUAUUUAUUAUAUUUAAACUAGAAGUACCUGUGUGUCUAGAAAUAGAUGGGAUCACCACCACCAAUACAUACCGAAGUUUAGACUCAUCGACAGUUUCGCAAAUGACUUUGUGAUAGGAUGGUCAGUCAUCUGCCUUCCUAGCCAAGUGGCAUGUCGAUUCUCUUUGUACGAUCGCUAACGCUUCGAAAACUAGAAAGAUGUAUGGGAAUGACUUUUGCUAUCGACAGGUCACGUGAUCAAGAUCUCCCAUUCCCAUACAUCUUUCUAGUUUCCGAAGCGUUAGCGAUCGUAGAAAGAGAAUCUGCGUGCCACCCAAUGAUUUGCUAGAAGAAAUUAGAAGUUUUAGGGCAUAUUUCACCACCUUUGAUAAGUGUCAGAUAACUUAUUCAUAAGUUUUGUCUUUGUCAUUUAAUUUAAAAUAGGAAAGUGACUAAGCUUACGAUUAGACCUAUUCAACACUUAUCAGCCGGUCAAUUCACUAACUUUGAAGCAAGCUACCUCAUAUAAUUAACAUCAAAUCAAAAACAAGCGCAAUUUUCGUAUUCCAUAAAGUCCAUUGUUAACAAAAAUCUCAACAUCAACUGGGAAAUGUCAGUUACCUACUCUAUGAUAUCCAUGAAGGGCUGUCUUUCCAUGAAUCUUAAUUUUGAUCAGUUAGCAUUAAAUAAAUAGUGAAUACGAAAUCAUGUGAAUCGAGAAUUACUAACAAUUGCUUGAUGGUGAAUUGGCCUGCUGGUGGUGAAACCAGUCCUCAAUAUAAUUUGAUUGAUUAGUGUGCCUUAUGUGUAAUUAAUUCUUAAGUUUCUUUUGGUUCAAUCAUUUGUUAUAUUAUAUUGUAUGGUUAGCUCAUGUACUAUGAAGCAUGGGUUUUCAUGCCAAUAAGAAUGCUACAUUUAUUAGUGUCAUUAAUACUGUUUAUUCGCUAUAUAUAAUUUUGAUUGAUUUGAUUUAUAUCGAGUAGCCUACAGUCUUCAUAUGUAGUUAUCUGCAUAUGAAAUUACCAUAAGGAACCUCAUUGACAUAUAAAUCAAUUACAAAAAUAUUUCAUUUGACAAUUUAUAUAAAAAAUUUAUAUUGGUGGUAUGAUCCAAAGUUACCAAUAUUUUUUCUUUUACAUGUUAUGUGAGUGAUGAUUUAUGUUACCUACUUUUCAUAUAAGUAAAACUAACGUAUGAAUAUAGAGUACUUAUUAAAAUAAUUAAAAAUAAAUUAUUUGUUUUUC